AUGCCGGAGAAUUACGGCGACUUCCAAACGGAGAUCUAUGGCCGCGGCGCUUUGAUGGGAAUCAUACCCAAUGUGACCACGGACCCACGCCAGCUUGAGGAACAGGCACGCAAGGCAUUGGGGUCGCGAUCCUUCAACUAUGUUGCUGGUGGAGCCGGUGAGAAAGCCACUAUGGAUGCCAAUCGGCUGGCAUUCCGUCAGUGGAAGCUAAUUCCACGGAUGAUGAAACCGAUGGAUAAGCAGGACCUUUCUGUAAAUCUCUUUGGUCAAGAGUAUCCAACCCCGAUUCUCAUGGCCCCUGUGGGCGUUCAGAGUCUCUUCCAUGAUGACAAAGAGACGGGUGUAGCUGAAAUAUGUGCGGAAGUCGGAGUACCCUACAUCCUUAGCACUGCCAGUAGCAGCACGAUCGAAGAAGUGGCCGAGGCAAACGGGGAUGGGAAGAGAUGGUACCAGCUCUAUUGGCCCCAAAGCGACGAUGUCACCCUAUCCUUAUUGAAACGGGCCAAAGAAAACGGGUUUUCGGUCUUGGUCGUCACAUUAGACACUUGGUCACUUGGGUGGCGACCAGCCGACCUGGAUAAUGCCUACGUCCCUUUCAUCAAAGGCGUCGGCAACCAGAUUGGAUUCAGCGAUCCAGUUUUUCGCGCCAAGUUUGAGAAGGAAUCAGGUUCGAAAGUUGAGGAGGAUAUUGUCGGCGCAUCCCGGGCAUGGAUCGGAGAUGUUUUCUCGGGCAGUCCUCAUACCUGGGAUAAGAUUGCUUUUUUGCGCGAAAAUUGGGAUGGCCCGAUCGUUCUCAAGGGCAUUCAGCAUGUGGAAGAUGCAAAGCUUGCACUAAAGGCUGGAUGUGACGGGAUCAUUGUCUCCAACCAUGGAGGUCGCCAAGUCGACGGCGCCAUCGGCUCGUUGGACGUCCUCCCGGAAAUAGUGGAGGCAGUGGGUGAUAAGAUGACCGUCUUGUUUGACUCGGGAAUCCGUACAGGCGUCGACAUUAUCAAGGCUCUCUGCUUGGGCGCCAAGGCAGUGCUUGUAAGCCGUCCUGUCAUCUAUGGCCUAGCCGUGGAUGGCAAGCAAGGUGCAAAGCAGAUCCUGAGAGGCCUUCUUGCAGAUCUCUGGCAAAGUAUGGGACUGGCCGGUAUCUGCACGAUAUCUGAAUAUAAUCGGGAUGUGGUUCGAAAGGUUCAGUAUCCCGGAGAUUUGAAGGCUAUGAUGUGA